AUGUACGUUGAGGGAUACGACACUUCGCUUUCUGGCCAUGAUUUCGUUGUGUCCAUGGAAGAACACUUCGGUUCAUGUGGAGAGGUGUUGCACGUUUAUAUUCCCGGAUACUCUGAAUGCACUACUCUCAACAGAUUUGCAUUGAUUUAUCUUCGUGGAGAAGGUGCAGAAGAGAAGGCGUUGGAACUUAGUGGAACUUGCAUGGGAGGACACAAGUUAGUCGUGGAGCCUUACCCGUUUCAUGCCAAACACCUGGACCAUGAGUUGGCUCCUAUGAGAAAGGAAGACAACGAGAGACGUCACAUGGUUUCUGUUGAUGGAUAUGACACUUCGCCUCCCUUGGAGCAUGUCAAGAGCCUGCUGCAUCAAGAACUCUCUAGAUAUGGACCUGUCGAUCGUGUAUAUAUCUGCCGAGACGCAGAAAACAAAGCUUUUAUUUCCAGAAAAGCUUUGGCUCAUGUUAGGGGAAUAGACACAAUAGAGAAGUUGAUUCAACUUUGUGGAUGUGAUCGAAAAGGAUUGGAGAAUAUUAAACUUACUGGGGUUUGUCCUCCAGAACCAGACGGAGCGUUCUCGUGCGGUAUGAGUCGUUUCAUGCGUUUUGAUGUACCCAAGAGAGUACCUCAUGAGGAUCCAGGUCUCCCUAAGCCGCCAUGUCUGAGUAAACUUCUCCUUAAACCAUGCGAAUGUCGUGUGGAUGGUGGGAUCGGCUAUUGCGUUUGUAAUACAGGUACAAUCUUGACUUCUUCAUCAAGCCGCUACGCACCUGAGGAUCCAAGUCUCCCUAAGCCAUGGAGAUGUCUUGUGGAUAAUAGCACUGGGUAUGGUUACUUUUGGAAUACAGAGACUAAUGUUACCCAGUACCAGAUACCACCUUCUUCAGCUCCUCCCCUUCUCUUUCAAGAAGAAGAAUAA